CCGUGCCAAUACCACAUUCACAGGGCUACACUACGUACGGAAACAGCAAAAAGUCCCUCGAUAAACUUAGACAUUACCGUUCUUGCGACUUUUAAGGAUAUAUAUUACGCCGAUGUGCUACUGCAACAGAGUAAACUGCGAAGGAACAGACUGUAAGAGGACUAACGUUAUACAGCAAGGAGCCGAAAACAUUCGCACCAAGAAACUACAAUCACAUAGUGACUCGAGAAUGGAUCGCAGCAGCGCCACUUCAGCCGUUGUACCACGUGACGACGCCGUAGUUCCGCCUGGCAGCGACAGUUGCUGUAGUCAUGUUCCCUGUGGAAUGGAUAUAGACCAGCAGCUCCACUCCCUGCAGACCAGGUUAAAGGGUACGGAAACGUUGAGCGUGCUGUUGUCAGAAGCUCGGGAACAGAUCGCGCAACUGUCGGCCGCGCUGAGAGAGCGAGAGGGCACGAUAGUCUUGCUACAGAACCGCCUGGCUCAGAGCGGACUCAGUACGAGUCUAAGCCUGGGGUCCACAGAACGGAUCGUGCCGGGCGCCUCACGGGAACUCGUCCAAGGACUGAUCCGGGAAAACGCCAGGCUAAAGCAAUCACUCAGGGGAGCACCAAUGGACGAGGAACUCAGACGGAGGUUUGCCGAGCAGCAAAACAGCAUCAAGAUCCUAGAAGACGAACUGACCGAGAGAAGAGAGUCUCUCAGGAAGCUGGAAGACGCCCUGUCUUCCUCUGAGGACGACAAGGACAAGCUGAUAGCCUCGCUUCGCGCCAGGCUUCAGGAGCUGGAGAAGAGCACCCAGACGCAGGACGUCCUGUGUAGGAGCCUGACGGAAGAGUCCGAGACUUUAAGAACGAGACUACAGGCCACGGCAGAAAUGUGCAACGAACUCGCCAAGAAACUAGAAGCCGAAAAGGCCAACAGAAAGAAAGACGACCCAAGCGAAGAGUUGGAAAAGGAGAUGAGACAGAUGUCUGUCAGCGAAGAGAAGAGGUACAAGCAAGAGAGGCGAAGAGCUCAGGAGGAAAUCACCAGACUGCAGAGCCAAGUCAAAGAGCUCGUAGACAUGAACACAAGAUGGCAGAUCUACAACGACCAAAGAGAGCAGUACGUCCAACAACUGAGAGAGAAACAGCUUCAGCUGGAAAACCGCCCAAUCACACCCUCAGCGCCCGUGGCCGUACACUCGGGGCUGACCGAAGAACAACAGCGCAGAAUAGACCAGACAAUCCUCAACGCCAAGAGGGAGACGGAGAAGACUAAAGAGGAGGCCAUGAGACUACAUGACGAUCUCACCGUGGCCAGGAACAUCGCGUUCGAACUGCAGGCACAGAUCGAACAACUGCAGAUGGAGAAGGACCACUCCAGGCGGGAGAUAGCGGAACUGCGCCGCCAGGGGGCGCAACUGCCGGGCGGCGACGCCCAGGAGACGAUACAGAUGCUUCAGCAACAGGUCCAGGUGUGUACAGAAGACUUCCAGGCUGAGCGGCAGGACCGCGAGGCGCUACAGACCCGGCUGGAGGAUCUGCUGACUGCCCAGGAGCGGGACAGACAGGUGAUCACCAUGCUGAGAGAACAGGUCCGCCAGCUCCAGGCCACCGGCGCCGGGUACCGGGCAGCCACACUCCCGCGUCCCUGCCAGGCAGAGUACCGCCGCAACCAGCCUGUACAACAGUCGAUGCUGAUUGCAAGGGGUCAUCACCAUGGUUACGACGUGAUUGACGGCGGCAUGCAGGACGACGACGACUUGACGACGGACGGCGUCGGCAGCGACUCUGACGACAGCGCAGCGAGGAGAGAACACAUGCUUUACUGUCCCCGCUGCAAGCGCGAAUACAGCAAGGACAAACAUGACCUGCUACUGGAACACAUAGACGUCUGCUGUAGCUAAAAUACUAAACACGUAACGUUAGUUGUCAUAGCAACGGAAUCAUGAAGCCGCAAAAUGUCUUUAUAGCACCUGUUACUGUCGUAAAAAGAGGGUGUGUCCCGGUAUGGACUCUUUGGUUGUCCAUCGUUGUCGAUGAAGACUUCAUAAAACUUGUAACUGUCACUAAAUGGGGCAUGUAUACAUUGUAAUCUCUGUAGUAUUUAAACUUAGAGUUCAUGUUGGAGUUUGUAGGAUAUUGUUGACGAUGUAUAUGUAAUAAGCUAGCCGGAGUGACUGCAAAUGGAGAGGACCAUUCAGCUAGGCUGCAAAUACUAGUAGUGGAACAGCGUGUGUGAUAGGGAACCGUUAGCUGUAACGCAAC